AAGUGUUUGAAUGUGCAGAGGAGAGUGCCAGUUACUUCUCAUGUCAUGUUUUAUGUGGUUGAUAGUAUAUGGUUGAAAUGGGGGCUAUGACAGACUAACCCAGUUUGAGCCCAACUGUCGAAAUGCUCCAUUCUUUGUUCUCUGAUUGCAAAACUGGUGCAAAUAUGGGUCUUUUUUUUAUCAGCUGACCACUAGGGGGCUCUGUAUGUGUCUGUCUUCACACAGGGAGAACCAAUUGACCCAAGAACAGAAGCAGAUUCUGAAUCACAACACGGAGAGAGACCAUGUGGUCAAAAUCAUGGCCUUUGCUGGUACGGGGAAGACUACCACACUGAUCGGUUAUGCCAAGCAGAGGCCUAAACUUCGUUUCCUGUACGUCGUCUUCAAUAAAUCGGCACAGAUGCAGGCAAAGGACAUCUUCCCUGGCAACGUUUCAUGCAAGACUAUCCAUGCCCUUGCCCUUGCUGCUUUGGGAAAGAGAUACCGUAAAAAACUGCAUUUCACUAGCCUGAACCUUUCCUCUGUCUUCGCGGUGAUGCCUGCUGGCCAACGCAGCAUUGUUUGGGCCAAUGUGGUCACUAAGACUAUCAACAACUUCUGGGCCUCCACACACAAACGCAUAGUUGCCAAGCAUGUGCCCGAAUCGUACAAGGACACACAUGGGAACAUGUGCCAGCCUAAUAAAACUGAGAAAAAGAUGGUUUUGAAGCAUGCUAUGGACAUAUGGAAGAAAAUGAAACAGGUUCAACCAACAUCUGAGUUGGCCUAUCGCAUGUAUCAUGAUGGAUACCUUAAACUGUGGCAGUUGAAGGGUGCCAAGAUGAAGGAACUCUAUGAUGUCAUCUUUAUUGAUGAGGCCCAGGAUUGUACCCCAGUUGCCAUAGACAGCUUGAUGUCUCAACAAUGUGCAAAGAUCUUGGUGGGCGACCCUCACCAACAUAUUUACAGCUUCCGAGGAGCAAUCAACAACUUGGACAUGAUUCAACACACACACAUCUUCUACCUGACACAGAGUUUCAGAUUUGGUCCUGAGAUCGCCUAUGUUGGUGCAACCAUACUUGAAGUCGGCAAAAGAGAGAGGAAGACACUGAUUGGAGGAGGCGAGCAAGGUUCUGUGCAAGGACAGGACACUGAGAUGUGGAGCAGGUUUCGGACCGGUGUGGGUGGAGCUGAUGGGAGGCUGGCUGUUCUCAGCCGCACAAACUUCUCCAUCUUUAAUGAGGCAGUGAGGCUUAUAAACCUCGAAUCCACCAGCCGCAUACACAUUAUAGGCGGAAUCGAGGCAUUUGGCAUGAGUACAAUUCAUGACAUCUGGGCUCUGAAGCAAAAUUUACAGAUAAAAGACCCUUUUAUUCGUCGAUUCAGUGAAGGCGGAGUGGGAGGGAUGACAGGGUAUCGUGGUCUGCGUAAGUAUGCUGAGAUCACUGAGAACCAGGAAGAUGGCCUGUUGUGGAAGAUCGAUGCGGUGGAGAAGUAUGGAGAGCGAAUUCCAGACCUACUCAAGCUCAUCCGUCGGGGGCACCAGACAAGACAACAAAAUGCAGAUUUUAUCCUGGGCACAGUGCAUAAGGCCAAAGGACUGGAAUUUGAUACCGUUGUCAUCAUGGAUGACUUCGGAACACUCAAGGCCUUUCUAGCUCAGGAACAUGGAGGGAAUCAAAGCCUUGUUGAAGAUGAUGACUGGAAUCUCAUGUAUGUGGCAGUGACCAGAGCAAAGAGAACUCUCUUCAUGUCCGGAACCAUCACCGAUAUCCUCGCCCGUGCAGGAGAGUACUUCCUGAGGUCAAAGUUGACUACAGUUCCAGCAGAGAGUCCUGCGCCUCAAUGCGCUAUUGAAGGAUGCUCCAAUCCUAUUAAUACAGAGACCCGCCUUUCCAUGCACAGACUCCCUAUCACAUAUGUUGAUGGUAGGGAGCAAGGUGGUGCUGUGUGUUUGGCCUGUGUUCACAGAAUGGCAGGUCACUUGGCCUUUCUGAUGAGCCCAGGGAUAGAGCGUGUCCCCUUCCCUUAAGAGCUCAGAGCAGGAGGAAAGCCAGUGAUGCAGUGAUGAUAGGAUGUCAAACCUGAAGGUGA